AUGAAUAACAGCACUGAAAACUCGAUCUCAGGAGAGGCCAAUAACAAUGUUGAUGGUAACAUACAGAUAAUAAAUUGGGAAUCAUCAGUGGACAACUGGAUGGACUACAGAAAUGAAAAUCAACGAGAUUCAGGUACAAGUAGUAGUGACGGUGUAGGUACUUCAGAUGCUCGAAAUUCAUCUACAGUUUCUAACAACGUCAAUAUUUUUGAUGCUCUCUUGCAGGCAAUUGAUCGAAAUGAGAUAGCAAAUCGACCGGAUCUCCAAACGCGAUUGAAGAUUAUGAAUUGGUUAUGUGUAAAAGAUGAAAUUGACAGAACAGUAAGUUCUCAAAUUGUGCAACUUUCAGAUUUCUAA